AUGACAACACCAGACACCCUGGAAUCUGCUCUCACGCACUGGGAAAGGUCUGAUUCACCCAACAAGGUCGCGGACCGGCUAGGCCUUCCACUCACCCAGCCUGCCCUCCCAGCCCUCCCAGCCCUCCCAGCCCGCUGCCGCCCCUCUCCUACCCUUGGCUCAGCGGGAACCGCUCAACGUGAAGGACUACGGAACCCACCUGCACCGCGCUCUUACGGAGUGCACGAACGAGAAGAGCAGCCGCCCACCUACUUCUACAUCCGGGACGCGGGGUUGGAGGGUACUACUGCGGAGGAGCACUUCCGGGUCUGCACAGCCCCGCCGCCUAAGCGUCCCGCGCCGAAACUCCACACCGCGUGGUCGCUGCUGCCCUCUACUGGCUGCUCCUCUCCAGGAGAUCUGCUCCAAGUGGACCGCUCUGAGCCUGGGAAGCAAAUCUUUCAGUCUUUUACAGGGCAUGGAAGGCUGGAGAAGGACUCUGGGGCUAUGGAAGAGUGUCUUUCCUUUUCUCUUCAGGCUUUUGUCCCAAAAUUUGAAAAGGUUCCUUGGAUUAGUGAGACCAGCCUGGUAAACAAGCCACUGGUACUCAGCAUUCCUGGAAGGUAUCACUACUCUGCCACUGUUCUGACCUCAUACAAGAAGGAUAUAGAUUUGCCAAGUUUGCUUCAAGUUCCAGAUGUCAUAUUGAAGGCCAGAACGAGCAAACAUGAAAGCCUGUCGCCUGGAAACAAGCACCUGUGCUCCAUGUGUCAAGAGUGUCCGACAGUGAAAGUGAAAACGGCACAGCCAAAAAGCGUCAUGAUCCCACGCCUUCAGACACCAUCCUCCCAGAAUUCUGUGCAUCACAGAGAGAUGAACCUUCAGCAUCUGGAUGUCCAGCAGGUUAAUCAUUCCCGCAAUGACAUUCCAACAGAGAGCAUUUGCUACAGACUGCCCAUUAUGGGUCCCAGGACUGCUGUCUUCCACAGGCUGCUGUCAGGGGCCUACAAAACUCCUCAGGAGAAGCAACACCUCCCUUUUCCCAGAAAGAAAGGAAUGAGCAAGAUAAUGAAGCCAUGA